AAACCGAUUGUGCUGUGCAACUAAGCGAGACAUGAAACCAACGUGCAUUCUCURCUCAAAAUGUCGACUGUUGUAGAUCCGCUGCUGUCCACGGUAACAUUAGAUAUUUUUAAACCCAAAGACACCAUCAUGGACACCGAGGAACAUUUCAGGAAACUGUGGUUCGACGUUGARAGCUUCAGCACGAAGUGGGAGCCCUUGCCGUUGGAGGAAAGUAGCAUUUUCGACUCUGAAAGCUCACUCGAUUCAGACUUUGAGUUGUCAUAUGGGGAUAGCUUUCUCUAUAGCGUUGAACCUGCUGCCGAUGAAAAGUACAAAGAUUCCGCGUUGUUUUGCGAUUUUCCKUACGCUGAAAUMCCGCUACAAUUGCAAGUUACGAACGGCGAAGUCUUGUCUUCGGAGAAAUGGUCGACGGAGCAUUCGGGAGGAACGAGACAUGCUUGUGAAAUGGAGGACGUUGAAAUGACUACUGUUAUUGAAGACUUCAAAACCGUGCAAAAGUCUUCCGAGAGCACGCAGACAGAGGAUGAAGUUAUUACAACAAGCACACCUACGAUUGUAAAAUCAGAGCCUUCGAUAAAGACAACUAGUGCUAAAUCUAAAAUAACCGAGUCWACGACGUCCGUUUCAGCGAAAGCAAAUAUGAAUACAUCAAAAAGCAACACAAAUUCAAAUGCUAAUAAGGAACUGAAUGUCUCUCCGAGUCAGUCUCCAAAGGCAAAACGGGCUCUCGCCAGAACACAUAAAUGUACUUAUGAAGGAUGUAACAAAUCCUACACGAAGAGCUCGCAUCUGAAGGCGCACCAGCGUACUCACACUGGAGAGAAGCCAUACCAAUGUAAUUGGAAAGACUGUGCUUGGAGGUUUGCGAGAUCGGACGAGUUAACAAGGCACUAUCGCAAACAUACAGGCGUAAAGCCAUUUAAAUGCCCAACAUGCGAUCGAAGCUUCUCUAGAUCAGAUCAUUUGUCCCUACACAUGAAGCGACAUUAUUAAGUUAGCUAGGUUUAUAACUAUCAAUCGAACGACCGAUCAGAACGAAUCACUGAUCUUUAGAAUAUAUCAACGUUGAAAUCAAGACACAGCUAAGAAUAUUAAAUGCUGAAACGAACUUGAUUCUCGAAGAAAUUGUAUCUAUAUCACGAUGAAGAAUCCUUUUUUUGGUAUGAAAAAAUUGAAAGAAAUUAAAAUGCUAGGCAUGUAAAAUUUUGUUGCAUAUAUGAGGAUUAGGUUGUAAAUAUGUUUAUUUGGUCCAGAAUUGGACGAAUUGAUGUUCAUAAAUGAAUAAAGGACAUCGCUAGAAGUA